AUGGUCGUCUUCAACCUCGUCCACGGGCACCCAGUCACCAAGUUUGAGACGGACAAGCCCGAGUCGCGCACAUUCGCGCGUCAGCACGAGCUUCCGCGCCUCCCCAUCCCGCCGCUCGAGGCAUCAUGCCGCCGGUACCUCACCGCGCUCGAGGGUCUUCAGGACCCGAAGGAACACGCGAAGACGAAGGUCGCGGUCGAGGACUUCCUCAGGAACGAUGGGCCGAAGUGGCAGGAAAGGCUAAUGCAAUACGCCGAGGACAAGGCCAGCUACAUCGAGGAGUUCUGGUAUGAGUCCUACCUCUCCCACUCAGACCCUGUCGUACUCGCCCUCAAUCCUUUCUUUGUCCUCGAAAAUGACCCGACACCAGACCGAGGCUCACAGCUCCCUCGCGCAGCUUCCCUCAUCCUCUCCUCUCUUGGCUUCAUCCAUGACCUGCGGGCGGGCAUGCUGGAGCCCGAUACCGUCCGAGGAACACCUCUUGAUAUGGACCAGUACACAAGACUGUUCGGCACAGCACGGAUACCCACCGAUCGAGGAUGCCGGAUGGAGAUGCACACCGACUCACGGCAUAUCGUCGUGCUACGGCGCGGCCAGUUCUACUGGUUCGACGUCCUUGACGCAGAGAACAGGCCCGUCCUGACGGAACAGGAGAUCCUCCGGAACCUCCGAGCUAUCGUCAGGGAUGCUGAAGAGCUGCCAUUGCACGAGGUCGCCCGGAACUCGAUUGGCGUACUUUCGACCGAGAACCGCAAGGUGUGGUCGAGCCUGCGGGACGCACUUUCCAACAAUCACAACAACGAGGCCUGCCUGCAAAUCAUCGACAACGCUCUCUUCAUCGUCUGCCUCGACGACGCGACGCCGGAUAACCUCGCUGAGCUGUGCAACAACUUCCUCUGCGGGACGUACAACCUCAAGGGCGGCGUGCAGGUCGGCACCUGCACGAACCGGUGGUACGAUAAGCUGCAAAUCAUCGUCUGCGCCGACGGCGCCGCCGGCAUAAACUUCGAGCACACGGGCGUCGACGGGCACACCGUGCUCCGCUUCGCCGCAGACAUCUUCACCGAAGGGCUCAUGCUCCUCGCGCGCUCGAUCAACCCCUCCGCGCCGACGCUCUUCCACGCGCCGCUCUCGCCCUACGCCAAGUCGUACAAGCCCCCGCGCGGCGCGCCCGCCCACGCCGCGGCGAAGCAGCAGCCGCCGGCCUACGUGAUCGACACAGUGCCGAAGAAGCUCGAGUGGACGCUGUACCCCGAGCUGAGGGCGGCGAUCCGGUUCGCGGAGACGCAUCUGAGCGACCUGAUCUGCCAGAAUGACUGUCAGGCGUUGGAGUUUAAGGGGUAUGGCAAGAACUUCAUCACGGCGCAUGGGUUCAGCCCGGAUGCGUUCGUGCAGAUGGCGUUCCAGGCGGCGUACUAUGGAUUGUACGGCAGGAUUGAGUGCACGUAUGAACCGGCGAUGACGAAGCACUUCUUGCACGGGCGCACGGAGGCUAUCCGAACUGUGCAGCCUCACACAGUCAACUUCGUUAAGACGUUCUUCUCCGAAGCCCCCCUCGCGCAGAAGAUCACCGCUCUCCGGAACGCCUGCCAGGGCCACGUCAAGCUCACGAGAGACUGUAGCCAAGGCCAGGGCCAAGACCGGCACCUCUACGCGCUCUACUGCCUCGUCCAGCGCGACCGCGAGGCCGCCGCGGAGGUGGAGGCGCCGCCAUCGCCCGGGGGGAGCACCACGUCGAGCUCGAGCAGCGGCGCGAACAAACCGCCCCUGCCCGCGAUCUUUACGGAUCCGGGAUGGGGGGCGCUCGGGACGAGCAUCCUGUCGACGUCGAACUGCGGGAACCCUGCGCUGAGGCUGUUUGGGUUCGGCCCUGUCGCGGCGGACGGGUAUGGGAUUGGGUACAUCAUCAAGGACGAGGGGAUCUCUGUGUGUGCGUCGUCGAAGCACCUGCAGACACGGCGCUUCUUGGACACGCUCGAGGGAUAUCUCCUCGACAUCAAGCGGUUGCUCAUCCAGCAGCACGCGUCUGCGAACCCGAAGCCAGAGCCGUUCGUCGACCACGCCGGCAUCCUGCGCGACUCCAAGACCGGGCGGCCGAUCAACGGCCAGGCGCACGGGCACGGGGAGUACGACGAUGUCACGAUGCCGGGCUACUCGUUCUUCGACAGCGGCGACGUCGAGCUGCUCGGCCGGCGCAAGCGCAUGCCGUCGUACUACAACACGGGUAAGAUCAUCCCGCUCGCGGAGUACAGCUGA